GAUGUGCUUUCAUUUCAUUCACUGUAACUGUGUUUUGAAGAUGUCGGUGUUAAGAAUUAAAGUUUUAAACUUUAAAAGGUGAGUCAUCUCUCAGCCGGAGUCGCAUCCAGGUCUCUCAAGUAGAAUGCUAUUUUCAUCGCUAGAAAACACAGAAUCUCCCCCAAAAUUGUCCUACAAAAUUCCCGGAAGAGCCGGCAUCAACCCGCUUUUUUAGCUCCUCAACAAAGCGUUCUACCGGGUAGGUUAUACACGGAGGAUCUGCCUUUUCCGGCUCUGCCUCUCCAACUGUUUGGCUAUCCCGAGCUUUGCACCCCGUUCCCACUCUCUAAACCUCAUUUCGGACCCGACCCCCCCACUUCUGCCCGCUCCACUCUGCCUUCUCUUGGACCCGCCUGCACCGCCCAGUCCUUUCCUUGCAUCAGUCUUCUCUGCCUCAGCCGCGCCCCUUCGCCGCAGGCCGUCGCACACGGUGUGCGUCAGUCGGCUCCGCGCUUUACGGCAGUCGUGCUCGCUGCUAUCAGUCAGCAUGGAGGCAGAGGAGUCCGAGAAGGCAGCUACGGAGCAAGAGUCGCUGGAAGAGACAGACCAGAAACUAGAGGAGGAGGAAGAGCAGGAGGAAUCCGAAGAAGCAGCUCGUGGCAGCAAGAAGCGGGUAGUUCCGGGUAUUGUGUACUUGGGCCACAUCCCGCCGCGCUUCCGGCCCCUGCACGUCCGCAACCUUCUCAGCGCCUACGGUGAGGUUGGACGCGUUUUUUUUCAGGCGGAGGACCGGUUCGUGAGACGCAAGAAGAAGGCAGCAGCGGCCACAGGAGGGAAAAAGCGGUCUUAUAGCAAGGACUACACCGAGGGCUGGGUGGAGUUUCGUGACAAGCGUGUAGCAAAGCGCGUGGCAGCCAGUCUACACAACACGCCUAUGGGUGCCCGCAGGCGCAGCCCCUUUCGUUAUGACUUAUGGAACCUUAAGUAUUUGCACCGUUUCACCUGGUCCCACCUUAGUGAGCAUCUUGCCUUUGAGCGCCAGGUGCGGCGGCAGCGCCUUAGAGCGGAGGUUGCUCAGGCCAAGCGUGAAACUGACUUCUAUCUUCGAAGUGUGGAGAAGGGACAACGUUUCCUUGCUGCUGAUGGGGAUCCUGCUCGCCCAGAUGGCUCUUGGGCAUUUGCCCAGCGUCCUACUGAACAGGAGCUGAGGUCCCGGAAAGCAGCCCGGCCAGGGGGACGUGAACGGGCUCGCCUGGCUACUGCCCAGGACCAGGCCCGCUCCAACCGGGGGCUCCUUGCCAGGAUCUUUGGAGCCCCACCACCCUCAGAGAGCACGGAGGGACCCUCCCUCGUCAGAGACUCCUGAGGGGCAGAGAAGCCCCUUUCAUCUCCUGGCCCUGCCCUGCUUCCUGUCUACCUCAUACUAGAGUGAUAAUGACUGCCCAGGCACAUAAUUUUAUUGUGUUUCUCAGAUCAACAGUCUUGGUGAAGGCUCAGACAUGGAGGUUUUGUAGGCUUCCCCUCUCCCCCUGUCUAACUCCUCUAUAUGCUUGGCUGAGUCACCUAAUUCAUACUAGCACGAUUAUGACUAUUGCAGAUGUCUGUUUUGUUUUGUUUGACUUUUGGCUGCUUGCCUCCAGCUCAGUGGGGUCCCCUAAAAAUCCCACUUCCUGACACCAGGAAGGGCCUUAUUUGCAACUAGAAUGAUAAUACCUUGUCCAGGAAAUCUUGUUCUAUUUAGCAACUACAGGAAAGGGCAGCAGCAGCAUCCUUUUUAUUUAGAAAAAGUUAACAGAUACAGGAAUUAAUAGUGUGGGAUUGGGUUGGGAACCACUUUCCAAAUGUAUUUAUAGAAAAGAAAAUACGUAUUUUCUAAGAAAAUACAUGUUUAUAGAAAAGAAAAUACAUAUAUACUGUUUUAGUUUCACGGUUGGGGGUCAUUGGGCAAUUUUAACUUUCAUUUCCUUUUGUUCCAUUCACCUUCAUUCCGUCUCCUGGUCUUAGAAUUCCCCAUUUAACCUGGACUUUUUUUCCCUAUUUUGUCUAUUGAAUUUAUUAGCCCAGUUUAUCAAUUAGUUAUCUAAUUCAGCAUUUACUAAGCCACUGUGUGAGGAAACAGUGUCAGUGGGUAAUAACACGUGGCCCUUGGCAUUAAGAGUCUUAUAGGCCACUAGAGUAAGAGACAGAGGCAUCAUGAUACAUGCAUAUAAGCGGUGGAGUGGGGACUGUAGCAGGACAUGGAGUGCUCUCAUGGUGAACCUGAUACAUGAUCACAGUCUUUAGAAAUGGGUCAGACCUUACCAAGGUUUCCAGGUCAUUUCUGGAACGUGAACUGGGAGAAUGACAGCAGAAUCCUGAAAGAGCCUAGUAUGCUCCUAUAAUUGCAAACAGUGCUUCAUGAAUGGAGUGUUGGGUUGGAACCAUUGUAAAGGUGGGCAAAGCCUAGGAGGGGAGUCAGGAACAAAUGCCCCACAGAUGCUUUUAUAUGUGUUGGGGCUUAGACAAGAUAGGGUUCACAAACAGGCAUGCAAAAGCAGCCCUAUAGGCUUCAAAGAGUAAGCCACUAAGAGGAACUAAAAACGUAGGUGUCACAAUAAACUAAAAAUCCAAAUACAGUCUCAUGUAGAUUAAAACUCUGAUCAUUAUCCACGCUGUUAACUUCAGGAAGUAGUAGAGUGUGAUUAUGGUUAUUUGAAUUUUGCUUGUGCUGUUUUAGUUUCUUUUUUUAAAAUUUUCCCCAGUGUGCCGAUUCAUGUGUUUUUUUUGGGGGGUGGGUUGGAGUGGAUUUAUCCACUUUUUAAGCUGUAAAGUACCCCAGCCACAUUAUGAUCUGAACUUGAUGGGUGCACUUUAUUUGGAAGAAUAAAAAUGUCCACACAGUAAA